CAGAGAAGUCCUCUGUCAAUGCCGUUAAGCAGGUUCGUGCCAAUCUGACGAAAGUGGAGGUAGGAGCAUUUCUGGGCCGUCGAGUUUUAGAUGGAAAGAACGCACAAGAAAGAAAAAAAUACAUUUUGUUAUAAAACCAGAUUCACUAAAGGGAAAGAGCAGCGUACGUCAAGAAGUAGAUUAAUAGCAUCGUAUUUAAUUCGGCGUUACAUUUUCUCUGGAAGAUACACGCGUAAAACGGAAGAGUACGGACUAGCGAACCCUACUUCAGUAAGAGAGGAAGAUUUUUUGCUCAUUUCAUAACCAGGUAGACCAUCUCUAUGGAUUCACGGUUUACUCUGGAUGGCUUAAGUACUGGAUCUGAACAUCAUAGAAGGGGUAUUGUGGAUUGUAGACCUUGCCCAUGGAUAAAUUAUAUAGAUUAGAAAAGUGAAACAAAGCAUCAGCUCCAGUGAGCAACAUUAAUAGACGUCGAGGUCCUCCUGGCUACAGCUCUGCCUGGGAUAAGAGUGCCAUCAUGUCUAAUAUCACCAUUGACCCAGAACUCAAACCUGGGGAGUAUGUCAUCAAGAGUCUGUUUGCUGAGUUUACAGUCCAAGCUGAGAAGAAGAUUGAAGUUGUGAUGACAGAGUCUCUGGAGAAGUUAUUAUCCAAAACUCUACAAAGAGGUGAAGAUGCACAAUUUGAUCAGUUAAUAAGCUCUAUGAGCUCAAUAGCAGAACACUGUCUACCUUCCUUACUUCGCACCUUGUUUGACUGGUACAAGCGUCAGAACGGAACUGAAGAUGAAUCCUACGAGUAUAGGCCUCGUGCCAGCACAAAAUCAAAAGCUGAUGAACAGCAUCGAGACAAAGAUUAUCUGCUGGAGAGGAGAGAUUUAGCCAUUGAUUUCAUUUUUUGUUUAGUUUUAGUUGAAGUUUUAAAACAGAUUCCUGUUCAUCCAGUCCCAGAUAAUUUGGUACAUGAAGUUCUGAACUUGGCUUUUAAGCACUUUAAACAUAAGGAAGGGUAUUCAGGUCCCAACACUGGCAAUGUCCACAUCAUUGCUGAUUUGUAUGCAGAAGUGAUUGGAGUUCUAACACAAUCAAAGUUUCAAGCUGUCCGAAAGAAGUUUAUGACUGAGUUAAAAGAACUUCGUCAGAAAGAACAAAGCCCGCAUGUUGUGCAAAGUAUCAUCAGCCUAAUAAUGGGAAUGAAAUUCUUCCGUGUGAAGAUGUAUCCUGUUGAAGAUUUUGAAGCUUCUUUCCAGUUUAUGCAGGAAUGUGCCCAGUAUUUUCUGGAAGUUAAAGACAAAGACAUUAAACAUGCACUUGCUGGUUUGUUUGUGGAAAUCCUGAUUCCUGUAGCCGCUGCUGUUAAAAAUGAAGUUAAUGUGCCAUGUUUAAAGAAUUUUGUGGAAAUGCUUUAUCAAACCACCUCUGAGCUGAGCUCAAGAAAAAAACACUCGCUGGCGCUUUAUCCCCUGGUCACAUGCCUGCUGUGUGUUAGUCAAAAACAGUUUUUUCUUAACAACUGGCAUAUAUUUCUACAGAACUGUCUAUCACAUUUAAAGAUGCCAUCUAACAACAGUAUAAGAAAGCAAAUUGAAACCCUGCAGAAUAAGGAUCCCAAAAUGUCACGGGUUGCACUAGAGUCCUUGUACAGAUUGCUGUGGGUUUAUGUAAUCAGAAUAAAAUGUGAAAGUAACACAGUUACUCAGAGUCGUCUUUUGAGCAUUGUAUCAGCACUUUUUCCAAAAGGAUCCCGCAGUGUAGUUCCUAGGGAUACACCUUUAAACAUCUUUGUAAAAAUCAUUCAGUUCAUUGCCCAGGAAAGACUAGACUUUGCCAUGAAAGAAAUUAUUUAUGACUUGCUGUGUGUUGGGAAAUCGCAUAAGACAUUUACAAUAAACCCAGAGAGAAUGAACAUAGGUUUGAGAGCUUUCUUGGUGAUAGCCGACAGUCUACAGCAGAAGGACGGAGAACCACCAAUGCCUACAACUGGAGUUGUUUUACCUUCUGGGAACACAUUGAGAGUUAAAAAGGUCUUUCUCAAUACUACUUUAACAGAUGAAGAGGCAAAAGUUAUUGGCAUGUCACUGUAUUAUCCUCAAGUAAGAAAAGCACUAGAUAAUAUUCUACGGCACCUAGAUAAGGAAGUAGGAAGGUCUAUGAGUAUGACCAAUGUGCAGAUGUCAAAUAAGGAGCCUGAAGACAUGAUCACUGGUGAACGAAAGCCAAAGAUCGACUUGUUCAGGACAUGUGUAGCAGCUAUACCAAGGCUGAUUCCAGAUGGUAUGAGCAGAGCAGAUCUGAUUGAACUUCUUGCAAAGUUAACUAUCCACAUGGAUGAGGAGCUGCGACAGCAUGCCUUUACUACACUACAAGCUCUAAUGCUUGAUUUUCCUGAGUGGCGAGAAGAUGUACUUUCUGGAUUUGUGUAUUUCACUGUGCGAGAAGUUACUGAUGUUCACCCCACACUCCUGGAUAAUGCUGUGAAAAUGCUAAUCCAGCUUAUUAGCCAGUGGAGGCAAGCAGUACAGUCAAGUAACAAGAGUCAAGAGACUCAGACAUGUGCGCCAAAUGGUGGAUCUCACUCCCUGGCUCUUGAAAAGACCCCUUCUUCCAGUGUAUUUCAUAUAGUAGAAGGUUUUGCUCUAGUGGUGCUUUGUAGUUGCCGCCCAGCUACCAGAAGGUUAGCAGUCAAUGUACUCCGUGAAAUUAGAGCACUGUAUACAGCUCUGGGAAUUUCAAAGGGUGAUGAAGAGUUAGCAAUUGAUGUGAUGGAUAGAGUCAGUGCCUCUGUCCUGGAGAGCUUCAUUCACCUUACAGGUGCAGAUCAGACUAAUCUUCUGUAUUGUCCCAGUGGGAUUGAUUUGCAAACUUUGGCUGAAUGGAGUUCGUCUCCUAUUAGCCACCAAUUUGAUGUAGUCAGUCCCUCCCACAUCUGGAUUUUUGCACAUGUAACUCAGGGCCAGGACCCCUGGGUAGUUAGCCUCUCCAGCUUUUUAAGACAGGAGAAUCUGCCCAAGCACUGUUCUACUGCACUGAAUUAUGCCUGGAUGUUUGCCUAUACUCGGCUACAACUGCUGUCUCCACAAGUGGAUAUAAAUAGUCCAAUAAAUGCCAAGAAAGUGAACACAACCAGCAGCAGCGACUCUUACAUAGGACUGUGGAGGAAUUAUUUAAUUUUAUGCUGCAGCGCAGCAACUUCUGCCCCUUCCUCCACCUCAUCAGGGUCAGUGCGUUGCUCCCCUCCAGAGACGCUGGCGUCUACACCUGAUAGCGGAUACAGUAUAGACUCUAAGGUUAUUGGUAUACCGUCCCCGUCUUCAUUGUUUAAACAUGUAGUACCAAUGAUGCGCUCUGAGAGCAUGGAUAUCACUGAAUCUCUUGUCUUGGGGCUUGGCAGGACCAACCCUGUAGCAUUUAGAGAACUUCUAGAAGAAUUGAACCCAAUAAUUAAAGAAGCACUUGAAAGGAGACCUGAAAAUAUGAAGCGACGCAGGCGUCGAGAUAUUCUGCGAGUCCAACUUGUAAGAAUAUUUGAAUUGUUGGCAGAUGCUGGAGUCAUCAGUCAAACUGCAAGCAGUGGCCUUGACAAUGAAACACAUUCUCUUAACAACACUUUGUUGGAGUAUGUAGAUCUCACACGGCAGCUAUUGGAAGCUGAGAAUGAUAAAGACUCUGAUACCUUAAAGGAUAUCCGAUGUCAUUUCAGUGCCUUGGUGGCAAACAUUAUUCAGAAUGUUCCAGUUCAUCAAAGAAGGACCAUCUUCCCCCAGCAAAGCCUGCGGCAUAGUCUUUUUAUGUUGUUCAGUCACUGGGCUGGUCCGUUUAGUAUCAUGUUCACUCCUUUAGACCGAUACAGUGAUAGAAAUAUGCAAAUCAACAGACAUCAGUAUUGUGCAUUAAAGGCUAUGUCUGCUGUAUUGUGUUGUGGACCCGUGGCAGACAAUGUUGGCCUUUCUUCUGAUGGUUACCUAUACAAGUGGCUUGAUAAUAUAUUGGAUUCUCAGGACAAAAAGGUUCAUCACUUGGGCUGUGAAGCAGUCAUGUUGCUUCUAGAACUAAAUCCAGAUCAAAGCAAUCUUAUGUAUUGGGCAGUGGAUCGCUGUUACACCGGCUCAAGGCGUGUUGCAGCUGGCUGCUUUAAGGCUAUUGCUAAUGUAUUCCAUAACAGGGAUUACCAGUUUGACACAGUGGUUCUGCUCAAUCUAAUUCUUUUCAAAGCAGCUGAUUCAUCCAGAGACAUUUAUGAAGUUUCCAUGCAGCUUCUUCAGAUUUUGGAACCAAAAUUAUUUCGAUAUGCCCACAAACUUGAAAUUCAACGGUCUGAUGGGAUAUUAAGUCAUCCAUCACCUUUGCCACACCUUUAUUCAGUGUCUUACUAUCAGCUAUCUGAAGAGCUAGCCAGGACUUACCCUGAGCUCACAUUGCCCAUCUUUUCUGAGGUAAGCCAGAGAAUUCAGACCGCACAUCCUGGGGGUCGUCAGGUGAUGUUACACUACCUGCUACCAUGGAUGAACAAUAUUGAGUUGGUAGAUUUUAAACCACCUACAAAAAAACAAGAAGAAGAGGAGGAUGAUGACAUGAAGGACAGAGAGUUAAUGAUGACUAGCCGCCGCUGGCUUCGUGGAGAGGGCUGGGGAUCUCCCCAUGCCACGGCCAUGGUGCUUAACAACCUUAUGUUUAUGACUGCAAAGUAUGGGGAUGAGUUUGCCUGGUCAGAAAUUGAAAAUGUGUGGACAACACUUGCUGAUAGCUGGCCAAAGAAUCUGAAGAUAAUACUGCAGUUUUUAAUAGGCAUGUGUGGUGUGACCAGUGAGCCCAGCCUCUUAACUUAUGUUAAAAAAGUGGUAGUAUAUCUGGGCCGAGACAAAACCAUGCAGCUUCUUGAGGAACUUCUAAGUGAACUUGAACUUACUGAACCUGUCUGCUCAGCAGUGACACAUAUGGACAACCCACCAUACUAUCGCAUUACUUCAAGCUACAAAAUCCCAUCUGUUACCUCAGGUACUACCUCUAGUAGCAAUACAAUGGUUGCAGGGACUGAUGGUCACCAUGACACCAAGAUAUUGAAAGACAGCAAUCUGGAAGACAACUGUGUCCACCUGGAUAUUUACAGUGGACUAAACAACAAUCUGAACAGACAACAUCAUCGACUAGAAUCCCGCUACAGCAGCAGCUCUGGUGGAUCAUAUGAAGAGGAGAAGAGUGAUUCAAUGCCACUCUAUGCUAACUGGAGACUGAAGGUGAUGGAACACAAUCAUUCAGAACCAUUGCCUUUCCCACCUUCAGGAGGCUGUUGGGCACCACUUGUAGACUACUUACCAGAAACUACCACCCCUGGAGUAACACUGCACAGGUGCAAUAUUGCAGUUAUCCUUUUAACAGACCUUAUUGUUGAUCAUGGGGUGAAAGUGGAAUGGGGAAGUUACUUGCAUCUUCUACUGCAUGCAGUAUUCAUAGGUUUUGAUCACCAGCAUCCAGAAGUCUAUGAACACUGCAAGAGGCUGCUUCUUCACUUGCUUAUUGUUCAAGGAUCCAAUAGCAAUGUCCAAAGUCUUGCCUCUGUGUUGCUACGAAACAGGGAGUUCAAUGAUCCUCGAGUCCUGACCAUCAAGCAGGCAGCUCCUGUUGAAUACGGUUUCACAGGGAUAUGUGAUUUUGUACCAGAUUAUCAACCAUCACCAAUGACAGAUUCAGGUCUUAGUUCAAGUUCUACCUCUUCUAGUAUCAGCAUAGGAAUGACAAGUACAGGCAUUCCACAACUUACAACUAACAUCUUAAAUGAAGUUGAUAUUUCAGCAGAGCAAGAUGAAAAGGUUAAAUCACUAAUUGAAUUUAUCAGUUCACGAAAGCGAGGUCCUUUAUGGAACCAUGAGGAUGUUUCCCCAAAAAACCCAAGUAUUAAGAGUGCUGAACAAUUGACCGUGUUUCUCAAACAUGUUGUGGCUGCAUUCAAACAGUCUCAGACAGGCUUUCAACUAGAACAGCUUCUGAGUGAAGUGGCCCUACAGACUGCACUUUCUUGUUCCUCUCGGCAUUAUGCUGGUCGCUCAUUCCAGAUAUUUAGAGCUCUAAAGCAGCCUCUCACAGCAAACACACUUUCUGAUGUUUUGUCAAGGCUAGUGGAGACAGUCGGAGAUCCAGGUGAAGAUGCUCAGGGCUUUGUUAUUGAACUGCUGCUUACCCUGGAGUCUGGCAUAGAUACAUUAGCAGAAACAAUUAAAAAUUAUGAUUUCCUCUCAGUACUUUCACAAGCAUCAUACCAUGAUCCUUUGUCUGGCACAAAGUUUGCUGCAAACAGAAAAAGCACUGGACAACUGAAUCUGCGUUCAAGUCCAAUGAGUAGUGGACACUUCCACAACCAUUGCAGUCAUGCACGUAGUAACUCAUUAAAAGCUAGUCUAAUGGGAGAACAUAAGGGUGACCGGAGACGGAGUAAUACACUGGACAUUAUAGAUGGUCGAAUGAACCAUAACAGUCUAGCAAGGACUAGAAGCUUAUCCUCUCUAAGAGAGGGAGGGGUCUAUGAUGUGCAGCCGACCAUUGACCCCAGUAACUUAAUGGCUACAAUCUUUUGGAUUGCCACUUCCUUGCUGGAGUCAGACUAUGAAUUUGAGUAUCUCCUUGCCCUCCGGCUUUUAAACAAGUUACUUAUUCAGCUUCCCUUAGACAAGUCAGAGAGCCGGGAAAAAAUUGAAAAAGUACAAAGCAAGUUGAAAUGGUACAACUUUCCAGGACUUCAGCAGUUAUUCCUUAAGGGCUUCACAUCUACUUCCACACAGGAAUUGACUAUACAUCUCCUAAGUAAGCUCAUUACAAUUUCCCGUCAUACUCUAGUGGACCCAUCACAAGUAGCAGGUUUUCCAUUAAACAUAUUGUGCCUUUUACCUCAUCUUAUUCAACAUUUUGAUAGUCCUACACAGUUCUGCAAAGAAACCGCAGACAAAAUUGCGAAGGUGUGUGCAGAGGAAAAAUCGGCAACUUUGUCCAACCUUGCACACAUGAUGAGUUUAUACAGUACACACAGCUAUUCCCGAGAUUGCUGUAACUGGAUUAAUGUAGUUUGCCGAUACAUUCAUGAUUCAUUUUCUGAGAUAACCUUCAAUCUAGUCACCUACCUUGCUGAGUUGCUAGAAAAGGGUUUGUCCAGCAUGCAGCAGUCUUUGCUUCAGAUAAUCUAUAGCCUUUUAAGUCAUAUUGACCUCUCUGCAGCUCCAGUAAAGCAGUUCAAUCUGGAAAUCAUGAAAAUAAUUGGUAAAUAUGUACAGAGUCCUUACUGGAAAGAGGCUCAAAAUAUCCUCAAGCUGGUAGUUUCUCGUUCUGCAAGUCUGGUCGUCCCAGAUGAGGUACAUCGCUCAUACAGUGGAGAUUCUACAGGCUCUCCAGAAAUUGCUUUUACAAGAAUCUUCAGUUCUUCAAAGGAGCUCCCUGGAAAGACUCUUGACUUUCAUUUUGAUCUAACAGAGACCCCCAUUAUAGGGCACAAAUAUGGGGAUCAGCAUAGUGCUGCUGGUAGGAAUGGAAAACCAAAGGUGAUAGCUGUAACAAGAAGCACCUCAUCAACUUCCUCAGGAUCCAACUCCAAUGCUUUAGUACCUGUAAGUUGGAAGAGGCCCCAGUUAUCACAGAGAAGAACACGAGAAAAGUUGAUGAAUGUCCUUUCUCUGUGUGGUCCAGAAUCUGGACUUCCCAAGAAUCCAUCUGUUGUGUUUUCAUCUAAUGAAGACCUUGAUUCAGGAGACCAGCAGGCAAGCCUCAUUUCCACCACAGAAGAAGCAAUACGAGAAGAGGAGACAGCAAUAGAGGAUACCAGUAGUGAGCAACAGUUUGGAGUUUUCAAGGAUUUUGACUUUCUUGAUGUGGAGUUGGAAGAUGCUGAGGGUGAAAGCAUGGACAACUUUAACUGGGGCGUCCGCAGACGUUCAUUAGACAGCAUCGACAAGGGGGACACUCCAUCUCUGCAGGAGUGCCAGUAUUCGGGUAGCACACCAAGCCUGAACCUCACUAACCAGGAGGACACUGAUGAGUCAUCAGAGGAGGAGGUAUUGACUGCUAGCCAGAUACUAUCCUGCUCACAUCUACUUAAUAGUGACUCGGCCACAGACGAUGCAGCAUCCAACCAUGUGGAUUCACUUCUUCAGUCCCAGGAGUCUUCUAGCAGCGCAGUUACAGAGGAGGCAGUUCCCACCCGGACUGAGAGUCCAUCUCUAGAGCCCACUCCUCCUGAUAACAUUACUGGCCAGCUGCCUGAGGAUUCAAAUGCAUCUGGGAGUGAGGAGCAGAUGAGCAUUGUGAGUGAAGACACUGGUUCUUUUACUGUUCCACAAAUACCACAGGAUUCUCCAGAAUGUCAAGAUAACCAUGGUGUCCAAGACUGUCAAGAUGGAUUAGAUUUACAAGUUUCUGAAAGUCCCUCAGGGUCCAUUUGUGAAGAUGAUGUUACAUUAGCUUUAAAAGAGCUGGAUGAGAGGUGUGAAGAGGAAGAGGCUGACUUUUCUGGCCUUUCAAGCCAAGAUGAAGGAGACCAAGAAAACUUUCCAGAAGUGAACACCUCUCCUCCUCCUUCUCCAUUUCUGUCGGCCAUUUUGGCAGCCUUCCAGCCAGUAUCCUAUGAUGAUGAGGAAGAUGCAUGGCGGUGUCAUGUCAACCAGAUGCUUUCAGAUACAGAUGGGUCCUGUGCUGUUUACACAUUUCAUGUCUUCUCUAAGCUGUUUCAGAGUAUUCAGAAAAAAUUUGGAACCAUCACCAGUGACUCAGUGAGCUUUUUGGGAGAGAGUCUACAAAGAAUCGGCUUCAAGUUUAAAAGUUCAUUGGAGGUUAUGAUGUCUUGUUCUGAAUGCCCCACUGUGUUUGUGGAUGCAGAAACUCUUCUGUCUUGUGGGUUACUUGAAACGUUAAAAUUCAGUGUUUUAGAACUUCAAGAGCACCUUGAUACUUACAAUGCCAAACGAGAAGCGGCCGAACAGUGGUUAGACAACUGUAAGAAAACGUUUGGAGAAAAAGAUUGUGCCUACAGAUCUAACACAGAAACCCAGCAAAUGGAAGUUCUAGCAGAGCUCGAGUUGUGUCGGAGGCUCUACAAACUGCAUUUCCAGCUGCUGCUACUUUUCCAGUCGUACUGUAAAUUAAUCAGUUGUGUCGACAGCAUUAAGAGGGAGUCCGAGGUCAUUAACAUGUCAGAGGAGCUGGCCCAUCUUGAAGCCUGCCUGAAAGAGGCCGAAGCCACGGCAGAGAAUGAGGAUGAGGAGCUGGCAGUUCCAGAGGCCGCCCAGACCAACAUCGAGACGGCCAUUCAUUGUGUCAUUGAGGCUCUGAGAAACAAGGAGUUUGCAGCUGCGCUGGCACAAGUCAAGGCAUUCAGAUCCAUAUGGCCAAAUGACAUCUUUGGCAAUGCCAGCGACAAUGCAGUUCAGACACUUUUGAACAAUUACUUUCGCCAUCAAACACUGGGUCACACUGGCAUUUUUGCUAUAGUGGGUUGUAACAGAGACCUCUCAGAGGCCAGCGCCAAGCUUAUGGAGCUCAACCUGGAGAUCCGCGAGUCACUCCGCACAGUGCAGUCCUGCCAGCUCUUCACGCAGGCCAAGCACUCGGGGUCACCUGUCAUCAGCACUGGAUUGUAAGGAGGAGGACAUAAAGGACGACAAACGAGGAGCUGGGUGCCUGAUGACCCGACACCAACUUCUCACUGCAUACCCUUGUACUCCCCAGAUUCUGCUGAGGAGGUGAAACCCGAAACCUUCUGCAGUAUAAAGUAUGCAACCGUUUAAUCCUGCUAAACGCACCGCAGACAUUCUGGAAGUGACAUACAUGCAAACACAACUGCAAUAAUAUCACAAAGCAACCCUUCUAGAUGAUCAGCAGGGCUUCCAAGCUUUGCCUGCUCUCGCACUGUCCAUAUAGCAUGAAGUCCUGGGGGCCUGCCUGCCUGCCAACCCCCCCCAAUGGACGGAUAAACAGCCAGGAUUGACGAUUUCGAACACCUCAUGGCGCAGGCUUUCAGAAUGGUGCAAGUAGAAGAUGUGGAAGAUGCGACUGUCAUGAUGUCUUCAUUUAUUAUAAGGCCUCAAAGCAUGCUUCAAAACAGCACUGCAAGAAUUUUUUUUGGGGGGGGGGGGGGGGGGGGGACAAACCUAUUUUUAUUAGAGCUAACAUCCUUAAACUCUGUAAAUGUUAGAAUAUUUAACAUAAAAUUUUACUGGGCUUUCCCAGGGAUGUAAAGAAAAUAAUAUAUCUCUAACUUUAUUGGGCUACUGCCCAGUGGCCUCGGCCAUCUUGGGCCAACCUCUGUGAUGAACACCAAUCCUAACUAACCAAAAACGUAGGCGCCUGUAGAAACUGUACAUCAGCAAUUUUCAGUAUGACAAGGCAGUAACUUAUUUUAUUCUGUAAAUAUUUUAGAAAUGUAUAGUGUAAAACCAGUAUUUUUCUUGUAUAUUUGUUCAAUGCACUGUUAAUGCAUAAUAUGUUUGUAAAGUUAAAGCAAAAAAAAAAAAAAAAACACCCCGGAGUGAGUUCAUAAACUACCAUAUUGCUCAUUA